CUGUUGUCAAGAGAAACGUAGCUAACAUUUACUCACCAGCCCCUCAGCUAACAGCAGCAAGUGGAGACAAGUUUGGAUAUAUAUUGGUCUCUUCGGCAGAAAGGAAGAUGCUUGGGUAUAUCUGGCAGUAUGUCUACACGUCCUUCCUGAGAUAUUGGCUGAAGUGGUUCAUCCGACAGGCCACAGGGACAUGUGAGCUGCAGCGAAUAUGCUCCGGAAACAAGCCUGGGGCAACAAGGACAUCCAAAGCAGAAUAUUCUCUCCGCUCAUCAAAGAACAAGGUUUUAAGAGGAGCUUUGGAAGCCAGCAAGGAUCAGUUAGAAAAAUGUGCGGACCAAAUCAUGAAAGAGAAGAAUGUCAAACCCCAGAAAGAUCCGCUGUUCAAGGAAAGCCUACACAUCUGUCUGUUACAGAUAACAGGAAACAGCAGCCUGUACGUAUCUGUGGAAAACAUGAGAAAGGAAGUGUUCAGCUCAGAGAACCAAGAACAUGAGGCCAUGCUCCUAAAGCUGUGGGACCUGCUGAUGCCGACGGUCAAACUGGAUUCGAGGAUAACCAAACAGUGGGGAGACAUCGGUUUUCAGGGCGACGAUCCAAAGACUGACUUCAGAGGAAUGGGACUGCUCGGCCUCAUCAACCUUGUUUUUUUCAGUGAAAACUACACAGAGGAGGCUCGUCAGGUGUUGUCUCACGCAAACCAUCCUAAACUAGGGUAUUCCUAUGCUAUUGUUGGGAUCAACUUGACGGAGAUGGCGUACAGCCUCCUGAAGAGCGGUGAAUUGAAACCUCAUUUCUACAACACAGUACCGGGCACUCCUGAGCUCCGGCAAUUCCAUCAGCUAUACUGUUAUCUGGCGUAUGAAUUUGAUAAAUUCUGGGUGGCAGAAGAACCAGAAAGCAUCAUGCAGUUCAAUCAGUACAGAGAGAAAUUCCACACCAUAGUUAAGACCAAUCUACAGGACCCUGAUGUAAACCUCACAUUGACUGCCUGCUCUAAAAACUAAUGUAUGAAUCCAAACAAGUUAUUUGGAAAUAUUCCCUCACCUCUCCGUGGCCCCUGACGAUAUGAGAUGAAGAAGACAAAAAUCUGACUAAAUCUGGUAGCUCUCACAAAAAUGUGAAAAAAUGAAUCCCCUUAUAGUUGGCGUUGUGGUUCAUAAGUAACACGUCUUAAAAUACAGCACAAAUCCAACGCCUUUACCUCAAAAAUGUCCAUUCCUGAGAUGAACUCACAUUUAUAAAUGGGAAAUAAGAGCUUCUUCAGACUGUAGAGGUAACAGGGCUGUCUUCAUGAGGAUGUAAUUCAUUUUCAGUCAGCGAGCAGCCAAACUCUUCCGGUAAAGACGGUUAUUUAACAAAUGGUGAUUAACUACCAUAUUUGUAGCUUUCUUGUUUGUAUUCAAGUAAACAAGACGGUUUGUUCUCACAGUUGUCCCGCUCAGGAAGUGGAUUCGUAUGUCCUAAAUUGGUGCAUGUUUUAAUGUUGAUGGCAUCUGUAUUCUAUAAUAUAGGUAAACUCAAAAUGGUUGUUUUCAAAACUGCAUUUUUAUUACCUGUAAUAAUUUUUGUUUUGCUGUGACUUUCUUUUGAGGAAAGUAUGUAAUAGUUAAAACAUCUGACUCAAAGUUAAUAAAUACAUGUUGUAAUGUUUUAAAAU